AUGCUUUCGACAGUAGUGACUUUCAUAGGAGGGGUAGUAGAACAGGUUGCUCCUGUAUUUAAUAAAUUUAUCGGCAAAAGCACGACUUUACCUCCAACAACAAUCAAUCCGAAUUGUCAACCACCUCUAUGUGGUACUAAACCAUAUUAUUGUCCUAAUGAUGAACUAUCACCCAUAUGUUUACAACAAAGAUAUGCAUUUGAACGUAAUGUUCCUCGUCAUCUUACAACAUUUUCAUCUGAUAUUAUGAAUGAUGAUAAUGAAAAUCUUAAGAAAUGUUCAACAUCAAUGUCACCAAAUACUACAAUUAUGUUAGUAUUUAUUGGUGUAAUCGCAUUGGCUAUUAUAGCAUUUUUAUAUGUACGAUGUAAUCAUCGAAAUGCAUAUAAGAGAGAUUAUGAUGAUCGUAAAAGUAGUACAUGGGAUGUAUAA